CGGAACAUUAACCGGAAUUUCCGGUUUGUGCGCCGCACUUCGUUGCUCAGACUAAACUUCAGGCAGAACUUACUGUCUAUAAUCUCGAUGUGCUUUUUAUCGGACAGUGCAGGAAGCAGAGGCUGUGAGGGAAGAGGAGGAAAGUCUCCCUGGAAGUUUUCUGCAGUGACUUUUAAACUAUGGCGAGUGAAGGAAACGGCAUGUCAGAUGAAAGGAUAGGAGAAGCCCUCAUCAAAGAGGUCAUACAGGAGGAGCUGAAGGAUUUGCUCAUAGAGGACAUCCCACCUCUCUCUCCGCUGGCUGUGGAAGUAAAGACUGAGCAGGAGCAGAAGAUGGUGACCCAGCUGGGCAAAAUGAUCCGCAUCAUCGGUGACAGGGUCCGAGACGACAAGGAGUUCCAAGAUGCGAUAGACGGCGUGGCUCACGGCUGCGGCUCCGGCUCCACAUGGGACAGAUUCAAGAUAGUGGCAGACAAAGUCUUUGAACAUGGCAUCACCUGGGAGAGAAUCGCUGUGCUCUUCUAUGUGGCCGGCAGGCUGGCUCUCCGGAUGGUGGAGGCUCAUCUCCCUCAGUCUGUGAGGGAGGUCUUGAAGUGGACCGUGGAUUUCUUCAAAAACAACCUGCUGGGUUGGAUUCGAGAACAUGGAGGAUGGAUCAACAGUUUCUCAGAGCUGGCAUCAUCGUCCAUGCAGAGUGGUGUGUCGUUGUUGAGCUCUCGCAGCUACAGCCUCGUCCUCAUCUUCGUCAGCGGCCUGGCUGUAGGAAGCUUCAUCACCUGGAGGCUGACCAGACAGCUCUGAUGCUUACACACACACACACACACACACACACACACACACACUCCUGACGUGGGUCACUAUAGUGUUAAGCAAAUAAUUCUAAGCGUUUAUCAUGUAGGUGGUCUAUGACAGGACUACAAAUUGUUUACCAGAGGGUUUAUCAACCAACCUUGUCAUGUGCCAAUCACACAUUCCCAUGAGAUGGUUAAAAUAAAUGCAAAGAAUCAUUUGUAAAAAUGUGCCUGACCUACUCACUAUCUCUACACUUUUCUACCUUCUCUAAUGUUCUCUAUGCAAACUUGAAAGGGAUGCUCAUCUUUCUUCAUAGAGGAUAUAGUGGUGCUGUAUCAUGUUUAGCAGAUACUCUGUAUUUAGGUCACCCUCAGAGCAAUAAUGAUGUCAGACCUCUAGUUUCACAGCAGUAAACAGGCAGUAACAAUGUGGUCUGAAUAGGUUUGUGCUGGUUCACACCACCACACUUUGUGGAAUUCUGCCUGCAUUGUUCAGCUGUAGUGCAUCACCACCUGUGACAGAUGGACAACACUUUCAAUAUAGUACUGAUAUCAUUUAAGCAAAUUUCAUAAACUAAGUAGUAGUUAACAGAAGGUAUGUUACCAUUUAAUAUGAUUAAUUAGAGUCCAACUGAAAUUACAUUUAGACAUCCUUUUUUGCAGUUAAAAAUAUUGUUUAUAUUUUUUUAUUAUUCAAAGGAAGAAAAAAGGGUCUUUGGGGAAGUUAGAAAUGCUCAUUUUUUAUCUCACCUGGCUAGAGGGGCCUGUUGGUGUCUGUGUUUGAUUGACAGGAGCUCCAGCAGCGGGAGAAGAUAAAAGUAAACAAACUUUUUUUUGGGAAUUGUGCCUUUAUUUGAUAGAAAGUAUAGACAGGAAAUGCAGAGAGAGGGAGAGAGAGAGAGAGGGAGAGGGAUGACAUGCAUCAUUACAAGUCAUGGGCAGACACUGUGUCAGGACUGAAGUGUCGUUUGCAGGUACAGUACCAGUCAAGAGUUUGGAAAUAAAUUCUCAUUCAAGGGAAUGGGACAGUGUGUCCAUACGUUUGACUGGUACUGUAUGUUUACAUGUGCUGCAGCUGAGCAGCUAAUUAUCUAUCUAGUUAACAGUGCACUUUUCCUCAGUGAAUGUUAGUUUGGUGGUUCGUUCAUCAAGCUAAGCUGCAGGAUAAGAUGUGCCUUCAUUUUUGAGAGUUAGAUAAGGAGACUAUAGCAGGAAAGCUUAUUCGGAUGAAGUGAUUUGAUUGGCUGUAUGGAAACAAGUUGAAUGGUAUUCUGAUGGUUUAAUGGAAAACUAGAGUGCACCAUCAUGAGACCAAAAAUUUAGAAUAUAAAUCUCUCUUUUGGUUUUUGAUUUUUUUUUUUUUUUGCAAAUGAUCACAUAGGACAAGUGAUACAGAGCAGAUCUGUAUGCUGCAGUAGACAAAGAUAUUACAUUUAAUUUCAGUUGGACUUAAAAAUGAAUAUUGAAUUGGAUAAAGUCACAAAAAAUAGUGAUAACAAUAUCAUCUCAUCAGUUCUUUUAAAUAUAUUUUAAAAGGAGACUGGAUCUCUGUUAAGUUCUGCUGAGGUUUGAUAUUUUUUCAAAGCGGUCCUCAGGCACAAAACAUGAAAGUUAACAAAUGUUAUAUAUAAAAUAUAUAUAUAUAUAAUAAUUAUGAUAGUAAUCUAAAUAAUCCAUUGUUUUAAUACUCCCUACAUUUUUAGUCUUGUCACUGCCAACUUUGCAUAUACUGCCAUGAAACUAGACGCCUUAAUGCUUUAAACAAAAAAUAAUAUGUUUCAGUGAUUUGUUUUGUCAUAUAUUAUCUAUCAUUUUUCAUGUGUAUUUGCAUUUCUUUUAAAACCCCUAUCACGUUUAGUCCUUCGAAAAUGAUGCUGUUAAAAUGGAAAAUUCAUGGUGUAAAUAUAAAUUCCUAUAAAUCUCUUUAUGUUUACUGUGAGAGGUUUAUUUGCACCAUUAAUGCAUUAUUAGUUUAAUCAUGACCACUAGAAAAGUUUAAAUUAUUUUUGAAAUGUGAGCAUGAAAUGGUGUUGAAUCGUCUUUGCCCUGUUAAUGUCACUGCCCAAUACAUGAAGUGAAGGAAUAUUAAAGCCAUGAAUCUUUAAGUUCAGCUUUGAGCAUUUGUUGCCUCUUCUCAUUAAAACAUAAAGCCACUCAAGGAUUGUAACUUUAAAGUGUUUAUCUUUCACAUUUGUAUUUUAAAAUGUUUUACAGCAAUAGAAGUUAAUUGUAUUUCAAUAACUUGUCUGUCAUACUAGUUUCCAUUUGUUCUUGGUUUGAUCCAUAUUCCAUGCAAAUAAAUUAGUGUGCAUGCAGUAACUGCAACUGGAUUAUUUUACAUGGGCAUGUCCAGUUGUAGCUUAUCACAGAUGUUAAUGGAGUACAUAUAUUGCCUAAAAGUAUCAGUAAAUGUCAGUACAGAAAUCACAAACAUUUGUAUGAGGUCAGUUUCUUUUUACACUGUAAAAUGUCCCACUCACUACAUAUCUUUGUCACAUCUCUUUAAUAACCAAAUGUAAAGGUCCUCCACACAUUUUAAAUUAUAUAAAAUGAUCUGCUUUCAA